AUGGUAGACCAUGGCAGCACCUUCGCGUGGAACGCCGUCCUCAGAUCCUCUCCCCCUCGGCAAGCUCUUCACCUGUACACUCAAUCCAUGCUCCAAUCCCUGGCUGCCCCCAACAAGUUCACCUUCACCUUCCUCAUCAAGGCUUGUGUGAAGGCCUGCGCGCCGCAUCUGACCAGGCAUCUCCACUGCCACCUCGUCAAGCUGGGUUUCUCCUCCGAUCCCUUCCUUCAGAGCGCCCUCCUCGGCGCCUACGCCGACGGCGGCAGCCUCGCCGUCGUCCGACAACUCCACCGGCACGGGGCGCGCGGGGACGUCGUCGUCCGCACCGCCCUCGUCUCGGCAUACGUCAAGUGCGGCCUGCUGGCAGAUGCCCACCGAGUGUUCGACGAAAUGUCUGAGGUCAAUCCGGUCACCUGGGCCGCGCUGAUUUCCGGCUACGCGCGGUGUGGGCGUGAUUCGGAGGCCCUGCAGGUGUUCCGGCGUAUGCGCCUUGCCGGCGCCGAGCCGACGGAGGCGUGCAUGAUAUCCGUUCUUGCCUGCUCAGCCCGGCUCGGCGCGCUCGAGGAAGGCGCCUGCGUCCACCGGCACAUAAGCCGCAGCGGGAGGCACCUGAGCGCCAGCCUCGGCACGGCGCUGCUCACGAUGUACGCCAAAUGCGGGUGCCUCGAUGCCGCAGAGAGGGUGUUCGACGGCAUGCAACACAGAGACCCGCGAGCCUGGACGGCCAUGAUAUCGGCGUUGGCGGCUCACGGGCAGGGCGCGCGGGGGCUCCACCUCUUCGACGAAAUGCUCGCCCAAGGCCUCCGCCCCGACGGAGUCACCUACGUCGCAGUCCUCAGCGCGUGCAGCCACGCCGGCCUCGCGGCGGCGGCAUGCCGGCACUUCGAUGGCAUGACAGAGCUGUACGGCCUCGUGCCGGGGAUCGAGCACUACGGCUGCAUGGUGGACGUCCUCGGCCGCACGGGCCGUGUGGAGGAGGCGUGGAGCAUGGUGCAGACGAUGCCGGCGGCGCCGGACGAGUUUGUCCUCAAGAGCCUGCUCAGCGCUUGCUGCAGCCACGGUCGCAUGGACUACGCGGAAUGGGCGGCGGAGAAGCUGAUGAACGUCGAUCCAGGGCAUGCCGCGUCCUACGUGAUGCUGGCCAACGCGUAUGCCGGCAUGGGGCGGUGGGAGGACAGCGCCCGAGUGAGGAAGAUGAUGAGGCGGCGCGGAGUCCCGAAAGCGCCGGGGCAGAGCACGGUCGACUGA